AUGGAGGCGGCCAACGGCAACGGCGCCGUCUCUCCCGGCUCUGCCUCCGCUCCCAGUGUUGCACCGCCCUGCGCCCGGUUCCCGGGGGCCCCAGCCGGGCCCUGGAGCGCGUUUUGGGGCGCACAAGGACGGGGAGCCGCAGAAGCGCCCAUUUUAACUGCUGUUCUCUCCUUGUUCUGCCUUCGCUCCCAGGACAGGCGAUUCCCGGCACCAUUCCAAACCCUGUCCGGGACAUUCUGGAUCAUCUUGUGCAUUGCCUUGUUUUUUGCAGUGGUUGGCAUCAGCGUCGCGGGGAUGCUCAGCUUCUCGCAGGGCUCUGCCCAGGGCCCGCCGGGCGCCCCUGGGAACCAGUCGGCCGUGGUGGACCGGGCCAGGAGCACCGUGACCUACUACGUGCCGGCGCAGAGCAACGGCAGCGCCGUGGUGCUCUACGACGGCGAGAACCGCCACGUGUGCUACAAGCCGGCGGGGCAGCGCGUGUGCUACCUGCGCGCCAUGGACUCCCGGGACCUGCAGCAGCUCCGCGCGGCCCUCGACGCCCCCGAGCAAGCGGCCUCCGUGCCCCUCAACGGCACCAAGCGCUCCCGGGAGUUCCUGGCCGUGCUGGCGGGCACCGAGGUGGAUCCCGCGGGGCUGGGGGCGCCCGUGCGGGCCCUGUGUGCCCACAGCUCCAUCUUCCGCGCCCGGCGCACCCAGGGUCCGGGCAGGCAGCGGCUCAUCUACCUUUGCAUCGACAUCUGCUUCCCGAGCAACAUCUGUGUCUCCAUCUGCUUCUAUUACCUCCCCGAGUAGUCCC